AUGGAGGCUUUCAAAUUUAAUUCCAUUUCGCAGAAGGAGAAGCAGACGUUUGCUGAAUUCGAGACUGAGCUGCGAACGCGAGUUCAGUACUGCGAGUUUAGUUGUGGUACAUGUCAAACGCCGUAUAGUGACCGUAUGCUGCGUGAUAGGAUUAUAAUCGGAAUCCAGGAUAAAAAGCCGCAAUUGAAACUAUUGGACGGCCGAGAUGAUCCCCUUACCAAAAUUGUCGAAACAUGUAAAGUAUUUGAAGCUGCAUCAGAAAACAAACUACUGCUGGAUCGAAGAAGCAAUCUUCUGGAAGUGAAGCUGGUUCCAAAGAAGGAAGACGUCGUUCCGGAAGUGAAAACUGUUGAUACAAUCACACGCAAUCGUUGCUACAGCUGUGGAAGGCAGUUCAACCAGAACCAUCGGAGGGUCUCUCCGGCCCUGAACGCCGAGUGUUACUCUUGCGGUGAGGUUGGUCACUACAGCAAGUGCUGCCGCAAAGCCAACGAGCAAAAUGCUGAAAAUAAAGCCAACGAGAAGCAGCCAGCAAUCAUCGAAGCGAAACGAAGGCUCCGGUAA